CUAACCCGGAAGUAAUUACCUGCGUUACCUGUGAAAUCAAUAAAGAUUAUGUUUUGACUUACCUUGGUCGUACAUAUCAAUGACAAGGCCUAACAAUGUUAUUUUUUAGUUAUAUGUUUCCAUCUUUCAUUUUUCUAGUCAGUUUUAUUGAAAGAAUAUCAAGCGACGGAAUUGAAUGCCCAUGCCAACAAAAAUGUGGACAAGUAACUGGUCAGUUGACGGACCACGGGACGAAAAAAGAGGUAAUGAUCAUUGGGGACAGCGACAAUGAUGUAAAUACAGUCGGGAUGUGGAAGUGGCAGUCCUUCUCCCAUCUGCUCGACACAAACCCUGAAAUUGACAUCAACAGCACCUCUGUCAUGUGUACAACACAUCAAAAAAACAAGAAAUAUGGCUUCUAUGUGGAUUUUCCAACAACGUAUGAUGAAAAGUCUUCAGAGCUGUCUGAGUUUGUUACCAAGAUACAAAACAGAGCAGCCCGGCAUUAUGCAGACUUUGUAGCUGUGGAUAUGCUGCAGUUGCUGGGACCAUGCAACUUUACAACGGACCACAUCACCAACAUCAUCAAAGUCACCAACAACACCUUCCCGAAAAUUAAAAACAUCUCUAACCUAGUGGUUUACUGUGUAUUGCCAUGGAAACCCCCGUGUAUCAAGUCAGACUGUCAGUUAACUCCGUACCUCUCAAAUCUCUGUGAUGCCAUGAUUCUCUCCCCUGACAGCUACUUCGACUACUGUGACGAUUCAUGUAUCGCUAAAGCAACGGUCCAGGCAUCUAAAAUAUACUUUGGAGUCACUGAGUAUGAAGCAUAUGGAUUUCAAGGGCUAAACAUCCUGAUGGGGAUCCCAUGGUAUGGGUACAACUAUACAUGCGAACAAUACGCCAAUGCUUCAGCUCAUCCCAUGUGUAAACUGAAGACGAAGCAAGUGACCCAGGCUGACAACACAACCCACACAGUGUGCGACAUCGCUGGCUCACGUACCAAGUUCCGACUGGGGGGCAUAAAUGGAAUCCAAGAUAUGGUCUUAGAAACUAAGAACUACAGCUUGUCAGACCAAACCCCAUACCAUGUUUACAAUGUUACGCCAGAAGGUUCAAAUGACCUUAAGUUUCAAAUGGCCUGGUUUGAGAAUAUAGGCAGUCUAUGGUUCAAGUAUGAUCUUGUCAGAAAACUUCAACUCAGAGGUACCGUGAUCUACACUGGGGAUGACCUGACAUACACCUCAACGGGGGAGGACUCUGGAGGGUUUGACGGAAAGAUGUGGUCCUGGAUUCACCACUACCUCUUUUCCACUUCUGAUGGGUCAGAAGUCUCCAAGGAGAAAAACCUGGCAGGUAUGAUGGCAGGUAUUGGUAUUGGUCUGUUUGUGCUGGGCUGUGUUCUUGGUCUUAUUCUCGCCUGUAUCGCCCUGCGCAAAACCAAGAAACCCCUGCGCGUGCCCUUCAGCAGCGACCCCGUUGUAGAAGACUACUAUGACGAAGACAACAGAUUGUAACAGAGGCCAACUUUUGUGAUAACUGCAAGAGGACUGUGAUGACUACGAAAGAAGUGCAGAUUCCAGUUACAAACUGUCCAUAGUUUGUUGGCGUGGAAUAACCCAAAUAUGAAAAAUUAAGUUAACACCUCCUUGUUGUUGAAACAGUUUUAAAGGUAUCAAAAUUUAGGAAGACAAAUCAUGCACAAAACAGGAAUUACUCAGUUUUAUAUAAAUGCUCAUUAAUUAUUCAUUCAAAAGGUUAAUAAUUUAUGAGUUUAAACCCUUUAUCCAAAAAUGACGUAGAAAUAGAGGUCAUUGUAAAAUGUUUACAAACAAAAUCAUAAUUCUGGCCACUGCAAGGACCUCAGACACUAUCUACCGGUACAUGCAAUAGCCUUUUUUUUUAAAUAUUCAUUUUUUAAAGAGCUUAUGAUUUUACUUCUCCUUCAUAAAUGGGAAAACAUAUUGCUUUUGUGUCUGUCUAUCACAAAUCAUGUCUGCUCCAUAUCUCUUGAACUGCUUAAAGGAAUUUGAUAUAACUAACCACAAAUGUUCACCAUAUCGAAACAAUGUACAGAGGGGGAGACAUCAUCAAUCGUCAGUUGUUGUUUAUAUUACCACCGUAGUUAGGGUACCUUUCAUCAUUCCUGUGCAUUUGUCUGUAUUGCAAUAUUUGCUUCUGUGAACAACUUCAUUAAAACACACUGUUGCAUAUUUCAUAUAUCCCUAGAAUUAAUAUUUCUACAUGAAUAACACUUGCUCUUGAUGAUAUACUGACACUGCAUGGAUUUCACUGGUGUAAAACAGAGUCUAAUCCCACUAUACAUUACCCAGUUUCUAGCUUGAGCAACUCAGUAAAGUAUGACUAUGAACAGUUUCAUUUGGUAAAGUUACCGUUACAAAGUAACAGAUUUUUUUUCACAAAAAAUGCCUUUUGAUAUAAUACAUGUAAAU